UUUCUCGUUCAGUGAUUGACCCACUUUUGUUAUCGUUGUCUCGAGGAAGGAAAAGAUGAGUUACAAACAACUGAACAGCCCCUUGGUCAAAGAAAUGUUUAAAAGGGCCCGCCGUCCACUGUCGUUGCACCGCGACUCCUUGUUGAAGCUGUCACCUGGCCGGUCCAAUCCCAAGCUCCCAUUGGCAAGACCCAGGUCCUUAUCCUGGCGCGUUUCAGUCGGCCCACGUCACCUCUUCAAAACCAAACAACAACACCUCAGACGGCAGCACAUACACGGAAUCACUGCUACAACUCUCUCCCGCGAAGCCAAACGUAUUAUUACCCACGAGCAAGAAAGAAACGAUGGACGACUCAUUGCCCUGGACACUCUCCAUGUUAACAGACAUCCUCCCCCCCGAAACCCUCACCUACCUCGCCCAGCUGCAAACAACCCUCCUCUCCCCAACCGGCCCGCUCCAAACCCUCCGCGACGCGCUCGCCCACCUCACCGCGAUGCUCACGCCGCUCUUCACCGCGGCGAUCGACCGGCUCGUCACACUGCUCUCGGCGUCGCCCAACGUGGUGGCCGCGGCCGUGCUGGUCGUGCUGGCGAUCGUCAUCCUGCAGAUCCUCAGCCUGGUGCGGCGCGUGGUGCUGUUCUGGACGCGGGUCGCGUUCCGGCUGGUGUUCUGGGCGGGCGUGGCGCUGGUGGUGUCGUGGGCGUGGCAGCGCGGGAUGGAGCGCAGUUUGCGCGACGCGGCCGUCGUGGGUGGGAAGGCGGCCGGGUGGUUGGCGGGGGCCGGCCAGGCGUGGUGGCAGGAGUAUGAGAAGGCGCAGUUGGCGCAGCAGCAGGGCAAGGUGCCUGGGCACGGGGGGUUAUGAAGGGGGUGGUGUUAGGUGUGUAUGACUGCACGGGGUGGUGGUGGUGGAUAGGGGUGGGUUUUGGGGUUGGUGUCGGCAUCAUACCAUGAAGACGGAGUUUCGGGGGGAUUGUUCGGGAUUGUUCGGGAUAGGCAUUUCGGAGGAUGAGCGCCUGGACAUGGAUAUCACACGGUCGAUUUGGAUUACAGCGGCAUGUAUUGAGAGGACC